AUGCCUGCUACUACGAGUUGGAAAACUAUCGCCGCUCUCCAUCGUGAGAAGCAGGUUGAAGCGGUUCACAAAGAAUGGUUGCUCCCAGAGAAGCAACUCGAAACUCUGAAGGAAGGCGAUCGCCUGAUAGAAUCCAAGGCCGCUCAGAGAUCUGGACUACUUUCUGAUAAGGAGAUCAACAUUACUGAGCGAUUCACCGCUUCUGAGUUGCUCAGCAAGAUACACCGCCAGGAAAUCACUUCAGAGGAGGUUGUCGUUGCCUUCUCUAAGCGCGCCAGUCUGGCUCAACAAUUGACAUCUUGUUUGACUGAGAUCUUUUUCGAAGAGGGAAUUGAGAGAGCUAGACAGCUCGAUAAGCAGUUGAAAGAGACUGGGAAAUUGGCAGGCCCCCUACAUGGACUUCCCAUUAGUCUCAAGGAUUCAUAUGUUGUCAAAGGCCAUUAUGCCACAGUUGGAUAUGUCGAGUUUCUUCGACAGCCUAUUCCACAUACAAACUCUGCACUAGUUGAUCUCCUUCUUGAUGCAGGAGCAGUUCUGUAUUGCAAGACUAAUCUGCCUCAAACCAUGAUGACGGCGGACUCAGAGAACAACGUCUUUGGCCGUGCACUCAACCCUCACAGAACAACUCUGACAGCAGGCGGUUCAACCGGCGGCGAAGGUUCCCUUAUCGCAUUCAGAGGCUCUUUACUUGGAGUUGGUAGUGAUAUUGCUGGCUCCAUCCGCAUUCCAUCUCUUUGCUGCGGUAUAUACGGUUUCAAACCGACCGCAGACCGUGUACCCUUCGGUGGACAAUCAGAAUACCCUUUCAGAAGGCCUCAUUUGCCUGGUGUGACACCAGUUGGUGGACCCAUGGCGAACUCCGUGGAAGACCUAGAGUUGUUCAUGAAGAUCACCAUGGGCCAAAGACCUUGGAACUAUGACCCCUCCGUCGCCGAUAUCCCAUGGAGAGAUCUUAGUGGUGCUGCUGAUAAGAGGUUAACCAUCGGCGUCAUGGCUGAAGACCCUGAUUACCCUCUGAGUCCACCUGUCCGGCGCUCUCUAGCCAAAGCUGCAUCAGCCCUUGAAGGUGCCGGCCAUAAAAUCGUCCAAAUCCAAGCCGACCCCAAGCGCAACGCAGGACACGGCGCAAGAAUUGGCUUCCAGUACUUCACUCUGGUCGGCCCUGACCCGGACACCAUCUCUCGAGAAUGCGGUGAGCCGCUCGUUGCUUCGGUAGCCAGAUUAGUUCAUCCAUUCUCUAAGGGAGAGUUCCCUGUUCGUCCGGACCUUGAGUUAGCUGAUAAGUUGUUCAGCUUAGGCGAGGUCAAGUUGGAGUAUGGUAAGGCGUGGCAAGAGGUUUGGCGCGACAAUGGUCUCGAUGUUGUUCUCGCACCGGGAGCUUCGUCGACGGCUGUCCCACAUGAUACAUAUGGUAACCCAGUGUAUACAUUGAUGUGGAAUGUUUUGGACUUCCCUGCUGGAAUUAUUCCUUUCGGCACGUCUUCCAAGCUUGUCGAUGACGAAGUCAUCAAAGCCACAACCGCCUUCGAGCCAGACUAUGUCCCAGAGGAAACAGACGGUGCACCUUGCGCAAUCCAGAUUGUGGCACCUCGGUUUAGAGACGAGGAGUGUCUACAAGCCAUGCAAAUAAUCGACAGGGACAUCAGACUCUCCCUGUCACAGAAGCUUUAG